AUGCUUCCCUCCAUGGUCCUCAUGUCUGCCCUGGCAGCCACUGCGUUUGGCGCCAACACCACCUACACUUACACCUUCCCCGCAGGGUUCAACAUCGGCUUGGUGAAGCCGGACCAGCUGAGCUCCUGGUGCCAGGGACAGCGCAAUGAGUGCCCAUCAAUUUGCAAUGGCUCCACCACGCAAAACACCUGCGAAGACAGCACAUUGAAGUUCAACUGCAUUUGCGCCGACGGCAGUGUCCCCGAUGUCUCGCCCUACAUCGAGACUGUGCCCUUCUACGUCUGCGAGGAGACCUAUGGCCAGUGCAUCAACGCUCACCCCAAUGACGCCGAAGGCCAGCGCGCCUGCAAGGCUGCUGCCACUUGCGGUAGCAAGAAUGCCAGCGCGGAGGACACCACCAUGAGUGCGACCACCAGUGCGGCAUCCUCCACUCUCGCCAUGGCCACUUCCACCGGCUCCAGCCAGACUUCCUCGUCGGUCGCGGCCGCAAGCACCACCACCAAUGCCGCUGCUGCCCUCUCCGGCCUGGAGGGCUACUCCACUGGAUUCAUGGCUGGUGCCAUGUUCCUCGCUGUGCGUCUGUUCCUGUAA